CAACGAAAGCCACCGUCGUUUUGGUUUCUCCAUCUUCUCCCUUCUUCAAUUGAUCAGACCGGAGUUGUUAAGCUUCAUUUUCGUCUCCGAAAACUUCAAAACUAACGAAUUUAAAAACAAAAACAAAACAAAAAAACACGCAGUUUUUGUUCUCGUAAUUCUUGCAAUUCCUUUCUGAAUUUCGUGUCGUUUUUUUAUUUUUCGCUUAAUUUUUUCGGUUGAGAAAUUGGGAGCUGAAUUUGAGGAGGAAGCUUUCGGGUCUUUGACAAGAUGAACCGGAGUUGGGUUCUCUGACGGUUAUAGAAUCCGGAGGAGGAAAGAAGGAGCGAAACGACGCCGUGUUGGGGAAGAGAGAGAGAGAGAGAGAAUGGAUUGCCGUGUUAUGAUGGCCGGCGGUGACGUUUGGAUGAGAGGUCAGAUCGGAGGGGCUUUGAGCCACGAGAGCGAGCACGACCUGGCUUUGAUGGUCAGCGAUUUCUUGGAGAACGGCAGCGCCGGCGGGGAGUCGUGGUGUAGCUCCGAUAGCGACUCCGCUCAUUUCUCCGAUCUUGCUCACCUCGCCGAUAAGAUUAAGUAUUACAAGUGCUCGGUGGCUCAGUACGAAAAUGAUUUGGCAUCAGUGGUUCAUUCUCUUAUACUAUCCAUCAGUGAAAACAAUCUUGAUGUUGUCAAGCCGGGUCCGUGCAAUGCCAGCUGCCUCAAGUCAACUUUGGUAAAGCUUCUCAGGCGGUCUGGUUACGAUGCGGCUGUGUGUUCGGCUAGAUGGCAGGGCAGUGGAAAGGUUCCUGGAGGGGAUCAUGAAUAUAUAGAUGUGGUCUACCACAGUGAUACAGAGAACUCUGAACGUCUCAUCAUUGACAUUGAUUUUCGAAGCCACUUUGAAAUAGCUAGAGCUGUUCAAUCAUACGACAGGAUAUUGAAUUCACUACCAGUUGUUUAUGUGGGCUCCUUGACAAGGUUGAAACAGUUCCUUCAAGUCAUGGUUGAUGCAGCUAGAUGUUCCCUCAAGCAAAACUCGAUGCCUCUUCCUCCAUGGAGAUCACUUGCUUAUUUGCAAGCAAAAUGGCAGUCACCUUAUCAGAGACAGUUCAAUCUAGAUGAACACGAUGGCAAUAGUGUCUUCUCUUUUGGCCACAAGCAAUGCAGUGGACAUUUGAAUAUGCUGCAGUCCCUGCUUCGGUCUGAAAUAGAAGCAGAUAGACUGUUGAAGCCCAAAAGCAAUGAUAAUAUCAGGAGACACAAGCCUUUGAGGAGUUAUUCUUUGUUCCGGAAUCCUUGAGAUGUAUAGAUUUUUGGAGUUUGAGAUGAGAGAGAAUUGUACUGCGGCUUUUCAGAAUUUCUUUUUUUCCCCUAUGACAUCGAAUAAGUGAGAACCAGAAUGAAGGGCAGAGGUUCACAUCACCAACACGAAAUAGCAAUAACCUGAGGCAUAUACUAUACUGGAAACAUUUUCAUUAUUUUGUUUCUGCUGGGGAGUCUUACAAUAUUCUUUUCACCUACAGUGCACAACCAUCAAGCAAUCCAAUCUGGUUCUGGAAUCACUGCAGGUUCAGUCCAGCACAUCGCCGAAUUGGUACUUGGUUGACUAUGGUGCACCAGUUUUGUUUUUGUUCUUUGUGAUCUUCUUGAAAUGUAUCCCUUGUCCUUAUUUUUGUCGGCCAAGGAAUUUUAGUCAUUGUAAUCUUUUCGUUUUCCUUUCUGUACCAUUGUUGAGUUUCCGUUCUCCCCAGUCAGAAUGUUUUCUUGGAGUAUAAAUUUUUCUUUCACCCAAAUAAAUACAAUAAAGCUUGAGAGA